UAAUACUUCAUUUGAUUCAUACUACUACCUGAGUACUCUAGAUUAUAUAGAUAAUGACAACCAUCUCCAUCAUUUAGAUUAUAAUCAUCACACUACUAAUCAGAUCUAAAACACAUUGCAUCAUAAUUUAUAAAUUUGAUUGCAAUUUACAAGUAAUACAAUUCAAAUCGCAUUAUAAACAUUUAAUAUCUACAGGAUAGUAACCAUCAAUGCUACAUUGAUCUUAUCUACACUUAAGCAUUAAAUAAAAUCUUAACCACAUCUCUUACAAAUUGAAUAGAGUUAAAUUCCACAAACAUAACCAUCCUAUAUUUUGCAAU